AUGGCAGAACUGAAGCCCACCUUACAUCACAUGAAUAACUCGCAGUCGCAACGCAUCCUGUGGCUUCUCGAGGAACUCGAAAUACCGUAUAACCUCUCCCUUCACAAGCGUGUGGAGUCCGGUCCGAACAAAUCCAGGGCGCCGCCGGAACUCAAACAAACACAUCCGUUGGGGAAGGCACCGCAAUUGGAAACAGGUGACGGCAGAGUUAUUGUAGAAUCAGUGGUCAUCGCCAGAUAUUUGAUUGAGACAUACGAUAAGUCCGGCAAGUUCCAGGGAGAUGGCGCCGCCAACGACUGGAUUCGCGACGACGAGUUGUCCAAUCUUGCAUCGGCCACGAUCAGUGCUCCGAUGAGCCUCGAACUUAUCUUUUCCCUGCUUACUCAAUCGUCUCCCUUCUUUAUCCGUCCGUUGGUCUCGAUCAUCCACAAACAGCUGCACAAGGCCUUCACAGGACCUGAGCUUGAUAUGGACCUCCGAUACUUGAGUGACCAGCUAGGGGAUCAGGAUUAUUUCAUGGGUUCUUCACCUGGGCGCGCCGACUUUAUCAUGUCAUGGCCACUGGAUUUGUGCACCCAGAACGGUUUCAUUAACCUCCAAGAAUACCCCAAGCUGGAGGCCUGGUUUCGGAGGUGUCACGAAAGGCCUGCUUGGAAGAGGAGCAUUGAAAAGGGGAAUGGUUAUUCGCUCGUUUUCCAGUUGUAG